CUCCCGUCCUUCCUCCCCUCACCGGGACCCCCAGACAGCGCGCGCCGGCGCAAUGCGGUGGGACGCGUCGGAAGCAGAGGUAGCCCUUGAGCGGAUCUGGGAACUCCAUGACCGCCUCAGCGACGCCAUCCUCGCCGCCUCCCGCGCGCACCUCUUCCUGCUCGCUCCCCAGCCUCCUCCCGUGCCGUCCGCGCCACCCGUCAAAGGGGCCCACCGAGUCAGCGGCGGUAGGAACGGCUGCGUCUUCGUCAAGGGCGGAGGAGAGGCGCUGGCCGCCGCCGCGGAGUCCGUGUCCGAGGUCAGGAGCCUGCACGCCAUCCGCUCUGCGCUCGAGGACGUCGAGGACCACCUCGAGUUUUUACACGUCAUUUGGCUCACAAGUGGUUGGCCUUGAAUGGUUGAGGUGCAAAUAUCUCGCUCACUGGAGCCACAUGGCCUUCAUUGCCCUCGGGUGCUUGCUCUCUUAUGUUUCAUGUCCUCUCGAUGCCAGUUGGGGCCGAAUACUUUAUAAGUUGAUUGUUACUUCGUGCAAAGCGCCAAUAUAGGAGCACCAUUACUAUGUAAAAACUUCCAUGUCCUGUGCUACUGUUCAAUCACGACAUCAGGCAGAGCGAGAUUCUGCAAUUGCUAGACUGGAGCAAAGCCGUCUAGUCCUUGCUACGAGGUUAGCAGAACAUCAAGGGAAGAAGCAUAGAAUCAUCGAUGAGGUCUUGGCAUUUGUUGGUGAAGUGAGUGACAAGAGUCAAUUUAUCUCAUUUGAAGAUGUUUGUGCUACCCAUAGCCGAUCAGAGGAUGAUGCAGAGGACAACAGGGGCAACGGUUCAAGGAUUAUGUCAAACAUGUUAUCUAGCAGUUUGUCUUUAGCCAAGAAUUCAUUUCGACUGGACAAGAUUGGUGGUGCUCUCGGUAACGCUGCAAUGUUUGCAGUAAGUGUGCUUGCUUUCUUCCAGCUGCAUCAAAUUACAUUUGGAAGUAAAACUCCAGCCAUGGAAUACAGGAAGAGAAUCGAGUACAGUAUUCAACCAAGGAGCUCACAAUCGAAUGGGAAAGGAAAACUUCUGGAGGUUUACCUAGCAAGAGGCUGAAGAAUUAUUAGAUCAUUCUGUUUGGCUGUACAGAGUUUUAACCAAAGUUCGUUUUUGUCGGUUUUAUUAGGGCGCUGAUCAUUCUUUACAAUGGACUGGACCCUGUUCCAGGCAAUUAGGGAACUUACUGUCUGAUUCUUAUAAAUAGAGUUUGAAGGGAAUUGCGUAUUCUAUCUCAAAUUGUGAAUGGCUUUGUGCUUAGAGAUGGUCAGAUGGAUUGUUUGUAAACCAUGUUCAAGCUAACUUGAACUGCCGUUAUGCACU